AUGUCUCACAAAUCAGAGACCUUACCAGGAAAGACUGAAGGAGAUGUGGAGAUGACUUUGCACACAAUCCAGACAACUGGCAUGGGCAAUGUCGAGGAUCUCCCAGACAAGGUGCAAGAUGCCCUAGCAGAGAUUAAGGAGGUUCGACAAGGUCUGAAGCAGCGCCAUAUCCAGAUGAUUGCCCUCGCAGGCACCAUCGGGACUGGUCUGUUCCUAGGGUCUGGACGAGCCAUCGCCCGUGGAGGGCCUCUGGGGGCAUUCCUUGGCUACACCAUCCUUGGGUUGACAGUCAUGCCUGUGGUCUAUGGUGUUGGUGAGAUGGGUACGCUGGUCCCCAUUAGCGGUGGCAUUGUGCGUUAUUCAGAAUACUUCGUCGACCCAGCCCUGGCAUUUGCCAACGGCUGGAACUUGGUUUAUGGUUUCCUGACUGCGAUACCUGCGGAACUUGCAGCGGUCGCUGUCUUGGUCGAAUUCUGGAACACCUCAAUCAGCAGUGGCGUAUGGAUUACCAUCUUCGGCUUGAUUAUGCUGAGCACCGCACUUCUCUUUGUCGGCAUUUAUGGAGAAAUCGAGUUCACCUUUUCCACACUAAAGAUUAUGUUGAUCAUUGGUGUCAACAUUAUGGCAUUGGUCAUUACCUGUGGCGGUGGUCCCAGCCACGAAACCAUUGGGUUCCGAUAUUGGAAGAACCCAGGGCCCUUUGUCCAGUACCUAGGUAUCAGUGGUUCCUUGGGUGAAUUUCUAGGCUUCUGGACUGUCUUAUCCAACGCGCUGUAUGCUUUCUCCGGAAUCGAAAACAUUACACUCCCAGCAGCGGAGACGAAGAACCCUCGUCGCGCUAUUCCAAUGGCCACCAAGCGAAUAUUCUGGCGUAUCUUAAUGUUCUACGUCAUUACGAUCUUUAUGGUUGGUUUGGUCGUACCAUCCAGCAACCCGCUAUUACUCAGAUCAACCGGAACCGCUGCUCAAUCUCCUUUCGUCAUUGCUGCCAAAGACGCCGGCAUCAAAGUCGUCCCCAGCAUUAUCAACGCAAUCGUCUUGACAUCCGCAUGGUCAUCUGGCAAUGCCAACAUCCUAGGCGGCCCACGUAUCCUAUUCGCACUCGCUAAGCAUGGCCACGCACCCAAACUCUUCACCCGUAUCAACCGUUUCGGCGUGCCUUACGUCGCCAUCUCACUGUUCGGACUCUUCAUGUGCCUGGCAUACAUGACACUGUCAACGAGCGCGAAUAUCGUCUUCGGCUGGCUGCAGGACCUGGUCGCCAUCAGUACGCUAACGAACUGGACCACGAUUUGCAUCACAUACCUGCGCUUUCAAUACGCAUGCAAAGCCCAGGGCAUCGACCGCCAUACACAACUCCCAUGGGCUGCACCAUUCCAACCCUGGAGUACUUGGAUCUCGCUUGUCUUUUUCAUCGUCAUCUAUCUGACAAAUGGUUACAAGAUCUUCAUUCAUGGCCACUGGGAUGAGGAGACAUUCGUUUCGUCUUACUUGAAUCCACCCGUCAUUGUUGCGUUGUACUUCAUUUAUAAGUACGUAAAGAAGACCAAGCUGGUACCUCUGACAGAAGCACCAAUUCGUGACUUCUUGCAGCUGGCUGAGGCAACUCCGGAACCUCUACCCGAGCCGAAGCGCGGGCUGAAGAAAUUGAACUUCCUUUGGGAAUAG